AUGUUCUUCUUUUCGAAGAAGAAGGUGUUGUCGGUGAGGGUGACGGUGAAGAGGGUGUGGCGGAGGGUGAGGGAGGUGUUCGGGUGGAGGGACACGCGGAGGGAGGAGGUGUUCGUGGUACACCAGCUCAACCGGGUGUACCGCGUGAAGCUCGAGCUUCGCCAUCACCACCACGCCGAUCGAGUUGGCCACAUGCCCACAAGCGGCCUUGAAUUUCUGGAAGCACAAGAGAGUGAACACCACCUCAGCAUGUCCGCCGUCAAGCGCAAGAGAGCAGAGAUUGCCACCAACCGACUCAGCAAGCCAUUCCGGUCACCCCUCGGCACAGGAAGAAAGACAUCAUCAGCCACCACCACCUCAUUGGACGUCACCAUUCGCAAGACCAAGAACGACAUCGACACACUCAAGCAAGCACAUGCACUCUCAACAUCAUCCACAGACGCAGAUCUGGAGGCCCUCAUCGACAAAUGGCGCCUUGCCUCACAGGCCAUCGCGGAGGAGCUAUUCGGGACGGUGAAGGAAAAGGUAUGCAGGAUGGGAGGAGUGGCAGCAUGGAGGGAGGCGGAACGGUCGAAGCGAGAUAGGAUGAAGGACUGGGGUGCGGAGGAUGCCGUUCAAGAUGACGAUGAUGCCGACUGCGAAUUCGACGAGGAGGGAGAGGAGCUACCGGAGGACGAGCAGGAGUACAGGAAGGCCAUGAAGCGACAGGCAAGGGAAGAAAUGCAGGCAGCAGCAGAUCCACCAGACGAACCACCACCAGAAGAGGCUGCCGCCGAGGAUGUCAUUCAGGAGGAAGAUAGUUUUACGAUGGGAACGAUGCUGCGAUCGAUGCGGGUGGAGCUGGACUUGAUUGGAUGGGAUGCGGAGGGAGAGAGAUGGGUAUAA